UUAUUCAUUAUUAUUUCAUUGGGCAGUGUGAUGAGGUGUCAAAUACAGGAAGAACCAUAAUGCCUAUUGAGUUUCAGGUCAAUGACACUAAUUUAGCAGAAAUUGAAGGUGGAGAGGUGGCAACCACAAACUUACAGUCCUGCAAUGGUCCUGAGUUUGUAUUACAACUUAGAUUUCAUGUAAACGAUACCAAUGUAAAAGUUGAUUCAGGAAAGAGAUCACCCCUAGAAGCAAAUGCUCGCCUGAAGUGUGUUUAUCUUCCAGUAGUGCAGGGUAAAGAGAGUAUUGAUGUGAUAUUGGAAAAGCUAGAGGCGGAUGGAUAUGGAAUUACAGAGAAUUUUGAAAGUUUUAGUCAUGUUUCUGUCCGGCGGUUGGGUCGUCUACUUCCAGAUUGUCGAUGGGCUUGGCUUCCCUUCAUGGAACCUAAGCUAAGAAAGGGUGAUAAGGCUGAAGUCUUGAAGAGAUGCUGCUUUAGAGUAAAAUGUUUUGUAGAGACCGAUGCUGGUUUCAACCCAACACCAUCAAAGACUGACUUAGCCCAUCACCAUCCUUACACCAUUGCAUUAAGGAACUUUGGCAACAAGCCUUCUGAGAAAGAGAAAGAUAUUCAUGUUGAGAUAUCCAAAGAUGGAAAAAAGGUGACUCUCUUGCAAGUGGAGAAGCAAUAUCAGGACUGGAUAAUUCAGAUGCAUGAGCACUAUGAUGAAGAGGUUGACUGUGGAGAGGAUCAACCUACUUUUGUACUCAGCCCUUCGCACAAGAAAGAGCUUGGUGUUUCUUCAGAUGUUAUGAGAAUUCAUAAAGUUUUACGAAGGAAAGGAAUAACUUGGAAAUCAGGGCAGAAGAUUAAAAUUUUGAAGGGAGCUUGUAGGGGUUUCCACAAGAACAAUGUUUUCGCCACAUUAGAAUAUAUUAUUCUUGAAGGAUGUCAGGGGGAAUCAGGUGGUGAGGCUCGAAUUAUCUGCAGGCCAUUAAACGUCCCUGCUGAGAACGGUUCUCGCCUAAUAGUUGAUAAAGGGUGUGCUACCAUAGAAAUCCGUGACUCAAAAUCUUUGCCGAUUAGUGUGAUCGACACCGGAAAGUGCUUAUCUGUUGAUAUUACGGAAUGGGAGAACCAAAUCUUGAAACACCACGAGAAAAGCACUCCAUCGUCAAUUGACAUAUUAGAUGCCAAGCAAUGUGAAGACUUGGGAAUUGAGGGGGCACUACCUCAGGAUGUUGUUGAUGCUGGACAUGAGCCUCCUGAGGCGAUUGUUGCCAUUGUUCGUCCAGCUUCUUUUAGCUCUAUUACUGCAUCCGCAAGUUUGGAUCAGAAAUACAUCAUGAAAGAAAAUUUUCAGAUGACUCUAGAGGUCAAAUUUGAAGCAGAAGCGGACAGGAAACAACUUGGUCAUAUUUACUCUGGCCGAUUGACUCCUUCGUCGCGUAAAGGGUUGAACGGUCUAUAUAUAUUCCCCCUGAAGGAGAAAUUUCCAGUGAUAUUUCAGAAAGCAGGCUUUUACCUAUUUCGAUUUUCUCUUCAAGACAGUUGUGCAAAAUUUGAAAAGGAAGUGCAUGUUAAAGCAUUGUCUGAGGCUGCUAGUUGGAAACUUAUAAGUGAUGGGAAGACUACACUCAAUGUAAGGGUUGGUUCUUUUUUUCCAGAGUUUUUGAGGGUUGCAUGUUAUGAUAGAUUUUCCAAUCGUAUUCCAUUCAAGUUGCACACAAAGAUAAAGAUGAAGUUAAGUUCUAGUGGCAAUGCUGUUGAGUCCAAGUGCAGUUAUGAUCAAUUCAUUUCACCUGACAGAUAUACGAUGAAGUUUAAGAAUAUAAUUAUUGAAACUAGUGACUUGGAUAAGAUUCGACCAAGUUAUGAAGCUACCUUACAUAUAUGUUCAAAGGAUGAUCCAGUUUCAGCAGCUAUUCCUUGUACAGUUAUUCCUGGACCUUUGCAACGCGUCCUUCUGCAUCCUGUAGAUUUUGGCAAGAAAUUGGUUCCAGGAAUGAUCAUUAAGGAGCUUGCUUUGGAGACAUUUGACAAGUAUGGUAAUCAUAUGAGAAAAGAUGAGCACAUCAAGCUGAUGCUGGAAGGAUUAUGUUUACUAGAAAAAGGAGAUUACUUUCUGAAGGUUGACGUUCAUGGGUGUGUAAACCUUAAUGGAACCUUGAAGGUUACAGCAGGAUAUGGUAAACCUGUUUUCCUUUCUAUUUUUUCUGGCGAUGAAGUAGUUCUCAAGAAAGAGUUCCAAACUGAAGAGAGAUGGUUGCGAGUUGCAUCCAAGAUACCUAAAGUUUGUGCCGCUGGUUCUCAUUUGGAAGAUAUUGUCUUUGAGGUCAUAAAUUCUGCUGGUGAAGUGGAUGAAGAUAUCCAUGAUGAAGAGGAAAAUGGCCACUCUCAUACCCUUCUGAUUAGGCAGGACUCAAUGAGGGGAGAAGACAAUGUGAAAUACAGCUUCAGUCAUGGACGCUGCAUUGUCCGCUCCAUUCCUCUUCCAAAGAAUGAAGGGCUUUUCUGUUUUAUAGCCAAUCACUCUCGUUUCCACGAGCUGCAGACAAGCAUAGAGGCGUAUGUAGAGAAGGUGGUAAACAGUGAGCAUGAAAUUCCCCAACCUAGAAAUCUGAAGAAAGAGCUUAUGCUUCUUGGUGAUUCAUAUUAUUCAAAAGCCCCAGAAGUUGUGUAUGAGCACACCUACGAUGAUUUUUCUGAUGGAAGUAUAUUGCUCUUGAAGGAUCCAUGUGCUUCCGCAGAACCGGAAGGCGGACUACAAAACCAGCUUGAAAAGAAACUUGUGGAUGAUAUUUUCAAGUGUGGUCUAAGCAUCAACAAGUGUGACGCAAAUCUGAAAAUACUUCGCUUUAGGGAAUCAAAUAUUGUGCUUGAGAUGUCCAACUUGGGAGCAAAGAUCGGUCCUGAUUCUUUUCACAACUUGGGCUACAAUAGAAACAUGGUUGUGGAGAGGAUUGAAGGAAAGGCCGACACUGCAGCUGCUGUUGUUCACAAGCUCCUCAGAUCACCAAUAUCGAAACAGCUACAUCUUCAAUAUGCUAAUGACAUACUUGGUGUAGUUGCACUGCUUGGAGAGGUUCAUACCCAUAAGCUUAGCAGCAUGUUUUCAGCAUAUCUAGGGGAAGAUCAAAUGCUUGCUGUAGUAUGCAAAUCCCGUGCAGCUGCCAGAGCUCUUGAAAAGUAUCAAAUGGAUGGAAAUGUGAAUUGCGCCAGUCCUCGUGACAUGUUAGCAGCUAAGCUUGGAAUUUCCAUCAAUAGUCGAUAUUUGGUUAUAUGCCUUGAGGAUAUAAGACCAUAUACACGAGGAGUCAGCAGUGAUCUCCAAGGAGAACUUGCUCUUCCGAUCCCUACUUUAUCCAAUGGAGAAACUCCCCCAGGCUUUAUGGGGUAUGCGGUUAAUAAGAUAUUCCUUCCUGCAGAGCAUUUGCAGUUGAGAACUACUUCAGGUCAUGGUCUUCGAGAGACAUUAUUUUAUCGCCUGUUUGGUAAGCUUCAGGUAUACAAGUCUAGAGAGCACCUUUACAUGGCAAGUUCCUGCAUAGAAGAUGGUGCGGUUUCCUUGGAUGGUGGAAUGAUGAGAGGGAAUGGAGUUGUAUCUGUUGGAUUCGGGGAACCAUACAUUCUAUUUCCAGUCAUCUGUCCGGAAAGCCAGUUGCCACUCUCUUCUGACAGAGUGGAGAUAUUGAAGCAACUUGAAGAAAAGAAGCUGGAGCUAAGUCAAAUGCAAGAUCAGAUAAAGGAAGAGAAUAGACGUAGAGAAAAGUACACGAGGAAGUUGGCCAAAAAGCUCGAGUAUAAAAAGCAGAUAGAAGAGUUGGGAUCUCCACCUGGAAUGUGCAGCUCUAACAUGUAUAUCAGCAGUGCUACUCCUUGAUGCUGGUUUUGCUUCUUCUGAGGCCUAUACAUGUAAUUACUUGAAACACAGCCUCUUAUGUUUAUUUAUGUCGGAGACUUCCCUUUCUGGAACAUAUUUUUGGUCUGCUUCCAUGGCAUCUUUUGGUGAGAAAUACAGUGUAGUUUACUGUACAUCAGUUGUAGGAAUUUCAGAAGUGAAUUACAGCAUUGUUCAAUGCAGCAUCUCUUAUUGUAUAGCCCCAUUAUAGUUCUCUUUUGUGAAAUCUUUAAGGAAUUAUUUACUAAUCUUAUUUUGGAAAGGAUUUCAAUGAACAGCUA